AUGGCAUCUACACCCCAGACGGUCCUCCUCACAGGAGCAACUGGCACUGUUGGCGCGUCGGUCCUUUCCGAACUGCUGAACAACACCAACUACAAUGUCAUCACGGUAUUGCGAUCACGUGCGCGUUCCGAAGCAUUCCUGCGCACAAAGUACGCACCCCAAGUCUCGUCCGGCCGUCUUUCGUUCAUCGAGAUCCCCGACAUGGCUGUGGCGGGCUCAUUCGACGAAGCGGCAAGCAAGGUCGACUUCAUCAUCCACGUGGCGACGCCCCUGGCCUUUGACCCGGCGCUGAUGAUGGACCACAUGGUCAAACCGAGCCGGGACAUGGUGCAGAACGUCCUCUCAGCCGCCGACCUGCCGUCGUCGCGUGUCAAGAGAGUCGUCGUGACAGGCAGCAUGGUGUCGGUGUGCCGUGUCGACAAGCUAUUCUCUGGCGGGACCAUGUCGUCCGACACCUGGAACGACAUCACGUUGGAAGAGGCAGGCCAGAGUCCCAGCACGGCAUAUCAAUUCUCCAAAGUGCACGCCGAGAGGGGCGCGUGGGAAUUUAUGCGUGCAAAGCCUGGUGCGCGAAAGUUCGAUCUGGUCUUCUUGCUUGCGCCGUCGGUCACGGGCAAAGCGCUCCAAGAAGGAUUCAAGCCUUCCAAGAGCAGAUUGGGCGGUCAGGCAGGCAUUUACAGUGAAUUGUUUGACGUGGAGAAGCCUGGGUUCUUGUAUCCUUAUUUCAUGGACGUCGAAGAUGUUGCCAAAGUCCACGUCAAGGCCCUCUCGCCCGACGUGCCGGGGAAUGAGCGCUACGUCUUCCACCACACGGGAGAAGUCAUGUCGAGCAACACGGCCGCGAAGAUCGUACGCGGAGACUUUCCGCAACUGCAGCACCGUGUCGUCAAACCUCCUGACGAAGAGGGGCCCGGGCUCCAUCCGAACCUGAUCAAGUCGGACGCGACCAAGGCCGAGAAGGUGUUUGGAAAGCAGUGGAAGUCUGCGAGACAGUCGAUCAAGGAGACGGUCGAGGACAUAAUUGCUUUUGAGAGGGGGUGA